UAAGUCAGGAGGAGGUAUGAGUAAACAACGAGCGCCUGAGAAUGAUUAUGAUGUUCUUAUUGAAUGUAGAAAUGUCUACAAAUCGUUUUGGGGAGAAACAUAUCUUGAAACGUGUUAGCUUUAAGGUAGUUUUGUUUUUGUUAGGAGAGGAGCCUAAUGUCCUUCACUUCAUGGAACAAACUCACCUAUAUAAGAAGACACGCACAAUAAGUGACUUUAAGACAAAACAGAUUAUCGACAAGGCUACAAGUGAGUUAGAGCUUCUCCAAUCACAACACCAAACCGAAGGAGAUGACUCGGUUCAGUCUAACCCUCUUACACCAGAGGAGAUUAAUUCUGUCAUGCGUAAAGUUGUUCCGAAGGUGAGAGGAAGACGUUAUGGACUUGGUACUCUUUUGGAUGAAGGAUGCUCGUCUUCCUCAGGUACUCCACGCCAAAUUCCUAAGCUCUGAGAAGAGAUUC